GCGAUCGGCAGUGCGCUGUGUCCCUCGGACCCAGCGGAUCACCAAUCCACAGAAAGAGCCGAAGAUCUGUGUCCAAUCACAGCUGAUCACAUCACUGAUGAUCAGUGUAGCCCCAGCAGUGCCACCUGUCAGUGUCCAUCAGUGCCAGCUCUCAGUGCUCAUCCAUGCCACCUGCCAGCGCCACAUCAGUGCCACAUAUCAGUGCCCAUCUCAGCUGCCUUUCAGUGUCACCUAUCAAUGCCAGUCCGUGCCACCUAUCAGUGCUGCCAAUCAGUGCCACCUAUCAGU